GAAAGGACUAGGAAAGGAAAAAUGGGGCGGAGAUUGGCCAGUGAAGCCAGUCUGCGGAGUGACCAAGUGCCUGGCCAACGGGCGAGGAUCCCUGUGGUCGCUGUUUGAAACCUGUCGCUAGGCUGGAACCGACAAGACGCGACGCCCAGUGUUUGCCAGGGAACAGCAAAGUCACGCCCCUGGAGCGAGUGGGACUUGAACCUGGACCAGAGGAAAUGAUGACAAAGCUGAUAACAGAGACACCAGACCAGCCAAUUCCAUUUUUAAUAAGUCACUUACAAAAUAAACAGGGAAGUUGCAGUCAGCUUUCAAGAACACUUUCAGGCUCAGCUGCACUGUGGGCUGAAACAGAAAACAAAGGGUCACGGCGAGAUUGUAGAAGUUACGACAAACCAUGGCUAAUAAAUGCCAAAAAACCAAAGAAGUCUAAGAGUGACCUUGCUGUCUCCAACAUAUCACCACCAACAUCAGAAUCAAAGUCCUUGCCAAGGUCAAUAGAACAGGCAACGUGGGAAUGGCGAACCAAACCUGAAAGUCAGAACUUCGAUGAAUUGAAUCACAUUCUUCAGGAAAGCAAGAAACUAGGCAAGGCCCUGGAGAGCCUGUCUCGGAGUAUUGCGACUGACGAAUUUGAUCAGGAUCUACGGGCCUAUGGUUCAUCACUCGUCAGGCCGAGAGUGGUUGGAGAGUGGGUUGGCCGUGAGGAAACGGAUGCCGAUCCAUUGGCUGCUGAGAUGCUGCAACCCCCAGUACCCAGAGUUCAGGAUGCACAUGAAGACAGCCAAAGUCUGUCCAGCCCGAGACUCGAGCAGAAGACUAAAGGCUUAAGGCAACAGCAGCAGCAGCACAAGAAACUUCUGGCUGCAAUGUUGUCCCAGGAAUCCUUUGACUCUGUGCCCAGCAUUGCACCAUCAGUGGCAGAUGAAGACAUUGAGGAUGAGGACGAUGCCAUGGAGUUACUAGAAGACCUGGAUGACUUGAGGAUGGAGGGCAUCACUGACCACGUGCCUUCAGGUAGCCGGUUUAGUCAAGGUCGAAGUUUGUAUUCUGCAGAACCUCAAGCUAAAGUAAUACUCAACAUCUGCUCAAGGUGUGCCAGGUUCCAGGGAAAUACUUUAAAUGAAGAUUCUGACAAUGGAUCCCAAGUGUCACACUCCCCUGAGCAAGCAGUUCCUGAGUCCCAGGCAGUGUCUCCGUUGCUUGGGGUGGAAAGAAUGAUGCAAGAUGAAGACGAAUUUGAGAGUGCUUCUCAAGUGUCAGGCCCUCGCCGGCCAUUCUGGGAAUCCUGUCUACCUCCUGGCCAAAGUGGAGGAUCUUUGAGUCAGAAACAGCCAAAAGAUUUCACGGCCUCAAAAGAAAUGUUGUCCGUGGAGAAACAUCUCACUGAACCUGACAAAGAUUGCCCUGCAAAAACAUUAACAAUGGAAUCUGAAAUGGGAAGCAGUUUGGAUAUGCAAAGUAAGUCACCCAUGUCAAAUUACCAUGGAGAUCUGUCGCAGACAGUACUGGGCCAAAACUUGAGACCUCAGACACCAACGAGUCUUUUUGGGAAAGAGAUUCCACCUUGGAACCAAAGAGGUAAAUUACCACGGAGCUCCAGUCCCCAGAACAGCAGAGAUGAGAUUCCUAACAACCAGUAUAACAGACCUCAAACAUCAUUAACUCAAGGAAGUCGUCCCGCAACACCUAACAGUCAAUUGUAUCAAACAACACGUUCCAGCAAUCCUGGCAAUAAAGAAGUCUUCAAUAAUCCAAAUAGAAUGGCAUUGCCUAUCAGUCAUACUGGAAGAAGACUUAGUUCUCCAGUUAACCAGGCUGGCAAAACUGCUGAGAAUUCUUUGCAAAGGAGCCACUUGUCUGAGCUGUUGGUUACUCAUCAGCCAUGGACGUUACCAAGUGACACUGAGAGUGAAGGUGUGGAUCGAGAGCAGAACAAGGGUUUAUAACUUAAAGCAGAGACCUCCAAGAUAGACUCAACACCUGAUUAUGCAAUUGAAGACAAAGGGAUAAUUUUAAUACCUUCGAUAUAUUGAACUGAAACAAAAGAAUUUUUAUAUUUUUAUAAUUACAAUCACUGUUGAUGAGGCAUUACAUACUAAAUAUGAUAAUAGAAUAUUGCUUUGCAUUUAUUAUGACCUGUCGCAGUAAAUCACUGAGAUCAAGUAAAAUAAAGUGUAAAAUUGUGUUAGACAGGUCAUGUAUCUACUUUGGGGAAAUUUUAAUAUUUAGUUAUGAUGGCACAAUAGUUAGCACUGCUGCUUCAGAGUACCAGGGACUCUAGCCAAGGGUCUGUUUGUGUGGAGUUUGCACAUGCUCCCCAUUGCUGUGUGGGGUUCUUCCAGGUGCUCUGGUUUCCUUCCACAGUCCCAAGAUGUGCAGGUUAAAUGGAUUGGCUAUGCUAAAUUGCCCAUAAUGGCCGGGAUGUGCAGGCUAGGUGGAUUAGCCAUGGGAAAUGCAGGGUUACAGGGAGUGCAAAGGGGUCUGGAUGGGAUGCUCUUCAGAGGGCCAGUGUGGGUUGAUGGGCUGAAUGGCCUCAUACUGCAGGUAGCGAUUCUAUGAGUUUUAAUACAUUUUGUAACAGAUAUUCAUUGUAUGAUCAUGCAGCUAUUUUAACAUUUUGUCUAAAUGAUCAUCAGUGUCAAACUGAUAUAUCUUUAUUCAGCAUAGUGGAAGAUGCUCGCUUUUGCGAGUUUACAGAAGAGGUCAAACUAUCUGUAAAUUAAAACUUACUGCAGCUUAAAAGUUGUUGUGAUGGGAUCUUGUUUGGCUCUAAUCAAUAAUAUAUAAUGAAAAGUGCUUGGAAUUGAUUAAACAAUGACAUGUUUGCAAAGAUUCUUUUUGUAAUUUACAGACAAAAUAAAACUUUAGAACAAAC